CGAUACUGYACUUUAACUCCCAGCUACUCCUUACGAACAAAACACGCUCGAAAGUCAAUUAUAUUUGUACUUGAUACUGUAAUAUAAUUGGAGAAGAUUGGUCGGCAACAGACAACACGCCAGCGAACCGCAAGAAUGGAGACCAUUCUCCACAAAAGCGAACCCGACGGGGCAUCGCAAACGCGCAAUAGCGUUGCCGAUACAGUGUCCAAUGGCAUAGGCUUCGUGGCUUUCUCCCCGCCGACACCGAAUGCUCACAACGGUGUACAUCAUUAUCCGACCAAAGAAUCCAUUGAACAGUUGCUUCGAGAUGUURCGACGUCAAUUCGUGGGCAGAAAAGAUACGGUGUCGAUGACGACGACAAUUAUUUUAWAUACGAGAACAACAACAGAAGCAGCAGAAGCAACAGCAACGACUACACUUYGUUCGAAGGCAAGGACGACUGCGAAGAAGGAGGGGAAGCGGAAUGGGCGGACGGUUUGGUCCGGAGGAUUCGAGCCAACGAUCCCAAACUGACCACUCUGGCGCUCAGAAAGACSCCCUGGCAAGCAGGAGUAACAGUAGAUGUUGGUUGGAACCAGGUCAGAAGUAUAACCUGCGAUCCUCUGRAGCGCCGUGCUCUUCCAUGGUCGCCGUCGCUCCGACGACUAGAAAUCACACGGAAUACCAUUCCUAGGCUUACAGAGGCAUUGCAGACAAACCACACAAUCCGAUCCAUAUCCUGUCGCUACGAUUGGAAAUAUCCGAAACCAGCGCACUCAUCUCAUCCUCGUCUUUUGGAGGACGAGCACGAGUUCGACGGAUCCGGCGAAGUUGACAUCGACAUCGACAACAAAAACAAUAGCGAUGGCAGUAACAACAACAACGACAACAACUUCACGAGGCCCGCAACCAUCAACAGCAUCGUGGCAUACAAGCUACAGGAACGACGUUUCUUUGAAGCGUGCGUGUGCCUUCCGCGCCUUGAAUCGAUAUCCCUGACAGGAGGAAACCGCUGGAAGGUAUCACACCUGCUGACCAUUCUUGAGGCUGCAAAGGGCCUCAGGCGAUUGACGGUCCACGACGUCGUCGUUCAUUCGUCUUCCGAAUUGCACGGUUUUAGGCGGGUGCUCCUGGGUCGAACGCGGACCACACACCGUGGAGACAGGUAUGAUGCAGAGGAAGACACACCGCGACUGUCGAUUCCAUUAGAGGCGAUCGAGCUGACCAUCGAGGACCAAACCAGGGAUCGCUGCGAACCCUAUUGGAGGACGGACGCUACAAGCUCCCCCAGUGGCGACGACGACGGCGGCGGCGGCGGCGAUGGCGAGGAAUUAUCCCCUUUUGAUGAGUUGCUUCAGGCACUCGCAGUUUCUGGGAACCUCCGGACGAUUAAGAUCUCAAAAUCGAUUCUGAGCCGGAUCCGCCUGCGGCGAACCGUUCCCGACAUCUCUACCACGACGCUGAGGAUACUUGCGGGGUUCCAGUCGCUGUCCAGGCUAAUACUCUCGGGCCUGUCGGUCCAGAACGGKGCCGUCGCCGCCAUGUGUGAGGCCCUUAUGRAGAACAAUGGGCACCUGGCGCAUCUUGAGUUCUCCGGGUGCGCCUUUCAYCAAACGGUCGGCCAAUCGGGCUGGAACGCCCUGUUUCGACUGGUCCGCCACGAUCCGGACAUUCAUAUCAGGGCAUCGUCCCUGGUCUACAACCACCGGAACCAACCCCGCCGCAGGCCAGGAUCGGAGUCGGAURCUAUACACAGUGGCUACAGCGACGAACCACUUSGAGCGCGAUCGAGGCUCUUUGUUCAGCACGCCCGCGAGGACGUCUCGUUUUCGCUGCGUGAUCGCGAGGGAGUCGACCGCCACUUUCGAAACCGUGGCCUGGACAUCGAAUUCAUGCUGAGGGAGGCAGGCCUUUUCCGGUUGUUGCGGGAGCAGGAAACUAACGGCAAUGCCAACGCUGCUUCGGAUUGGAUCGACGUGAUGACCAAGGUGAAGGACGAUGUCAUCGCACUCUUUUGCAUCCUGAGAGAGAAUCCAUCCCUCUGCAAUCGGUCCCGGGURGCAGCGAAUGUGAUCUUGAAACAAUAGGAGCACCAUCGUCGUUCCCUGAUAAGUUGUCACAUUAGAGGCCAUCGGCGUACCCCCGCACAAAAGAUUAUGCACACAGCUCUGGUUAMUCCWCCUAUGGCCAUAAAACAAUAAGAUUCA